AUGGCCUCGGGAUUUGGUUCCAACUUUCAGGCUCUCAUCGACGGCAUUGCCAACGAUAGUCUACCUCACAGCCGCAUCAUUUCGCUCAUUACCAACCGCAAGAGCGCUCAUGCCACAGCUCGUGCCGGCAAGGCCGGCAUCCCCUGGGAGUACUUUAAUCUCAUCAGCAACGGCUUCCAACAAAAAGGUGAAAAGGAUGAGGCAAAAAUCGCCGAAGCCCGUCGACAAUACGACGCCGCCCUCGCACAAAAGAUUCUCUCCGCGCCGCAAGAAAAGCGGCCAGAGCUCAUUGUGCUUGCGGGCUGGAUGUACGUCUUUUCGCCGGCGUUUCUGGAUCCCAUCGACAAGGCGGGCAUCCGCAUCAUCAACCUGCACCCCGCCAUGCCCGGCGAAUUUGACGGCGCCAGCGCUAUUGAGCGCGCCUUUGCCGCCUUCCAGGCCGGCACCCUCACCCGCACCGGCAUCAUGGCGCACUACGUCAUUGCGGAAGUCGAUCGCGGCGCGCCCAUCCUCGUAAAGGAGAUUCCGUGGGAGGGCGAGGAUCUGGACGCGCUGAAAGAAAAAAUUCAUGGACAUGAGCACGCCCUAAUUGUCGCCGCCACGGCCAAGGUCGCCAAGGAGAUUGUCGAGAGCCGGUCGUGA